AUGUGGCUUUCAGACGCUCAAAAGAUUGGCGUGGCGUUGACUACCUUCGGCGCUCUCUUCAUGCUCUUAGGUGUUAUGUUAUUCUUUGACGGGGCUCUCCUCGCACUCGGCAAUAUUCUCUUCAUUUCUGGGCUCACGCUAAUCAUCGGUCCUCACAAGACGUUCUACUUCUUCGCCCGGAAGCAAAAGAUUCGCGGAACAGUCUGCUUCCUGGGAGGGAUUUUACUGGUUUUCUUCAAGUGGCCGUUCAUUGGGAUGGUAGUGGAGACGUUUGGUUUCCUGAACCUGUUUGGUGACUUCUUCCCGGUUGUAAUCACCUUCCUCCGACAAUUGCCAUUCAUCGGAACACUAUUAUCUCUUCCGUACAUUCGAGGGGUUGUCGACCGCAUCGCUGGAUCGCGGACAUCUGCAGUAUGA